AUGACAGCCCGGGUUUGCAUAUUGUUGCUUUUGGCAGCCACUCGUGGUGUGUGGAGCAUUCUCGAGCAACCAAGUACAUCUUUGAUGCACCUCCACCCGACUUUCCAGAGGGUCAUGGCCAUGAUGAACAUCAGGCGGUUGGGAAUUCGAAUGUCUGACUUUGGAGGAGCGUCGCGAAAAUCAACACUUCUCUAUUCCAAGAUCGACCAAAUGCUGGCUGAGCGUCGACCUGCGACUGGUCCAACAGACCAGCAGCCUCAGAUGACCAUCCGGUACAUAGAUGGGAGUGGGAAGAAUCGCUGCAAGGGUGGAGCUGACCUCAAAGCUAGCCAACAUUACCCGAAAGGGUUUGGCAAGGCUUUGUCCAGGGUACGGUCCAGGAACCAGCAGGCCUUGCGCCGCCAAGCCAAAAGGCUCCUGAAGCUGGCGUCCAGAACGCAGCAUAAUGUGGAUGAGAGGACUACAGUCAACGCCCAUUGGAUGAAGCAUGCCAAUUUGGGCCCUGUUCUUAGCUACCUAGCAGCCAGGACACGCUAG